AUGUGUUUUGUAGAUGGAGAAAGAAUGUUCCACCAAAAGGUACAGGAAACUAUUUCAAUGAAAGCUGCUGAAAAAGCUAAAGGUGGAACUGAGGAAUUUAUCUACAAGACGGAGGAGAAGAAAGUGGCGGAGUUAAAGUUAAUGAACAAAACGCUCUCCAGUAUCGACAACAGUUUAAAAGAACUUGUUUCAAUUAAGAAGAAGAAAUUAGAAACUGAAAUCGAGAACAACUUUUUGCACCAACAGCCACUGAUAAAUUGCUCAGCAUCUAAAUGUCCAAGAGAGCUGGAUAGAAUAUAUACAGAACAUAAGGAAGCUCAAGUGGAACAGCAAAAACUAUACGAAAGUAAACUGGAAAAAGAGAAAGAGCGUGCUGAUGAACAUCAAAGGAAACUGGAAGAGGAACGUAAAGAGUCUAUGAAGAAACAGGAAGAGAAGUUGGCAGAUAUUCAGCAUCAAUGGGAUCAACAAAGGGAAAUCAGUGAAACAGAAAUUAAAAUGAUGCGAGAAGAAAAUGAAUCUCAGAAGAAGGAAUUUCAGGAGAAAAUAAAUAAAAUGGCUGCUGAUCAUAUAAAAAAAGAAGACGAAAACAGGAUGAAGUUUGAUAAAAUGUUAAAAGAAGACAAUGCAAUGGCAGAGAAAUACGUUGCGAAUGUACGAGAUCAUUUCGAAACUAUGUUAGAUGCUGAAGCUAAGAAAAGUGCAGAGAUGGAAAAAAGUCUACAGUUACUGAUACAGAAAAUUAAAGAGGAGAAGAAAACACGGAAAGAAAUGGAAAGGGAAAACAUAAGAAAAAUGGAAGAGUACGAUGCGAAGAUUGCGGAGAUUGAAAAAGUGAUGAAAGAAUCAGAGGGCAGGGAAGACGAGAUGAAUGCAGAACUUCAACGGCUAAGAAAAGAAAAAGGCGAAUACGGAAUAAUAUCGAACUCUGCAGGUCUUCAAUGGUUUGAUUUCAUACCAGGUGUUAAUCUUGCUGCAAGAUCACUUUUGAGCUUAUUGCAAAAGUGA